CUAUUCCAGGCACAUCUCAUUUUCCUUGCACAGGCUAACCCUUACGUUGUUUUAAAUAAUGAUAAGAGGAAGCUAUAUGCUGUAUUUGGUGCUUCUAGCUCUAACCAUUUAGGAAGAGUUCUUGAUCAAACAGGCAGACAAACUCUCUAAAAUAUAUAAUGGAUAUAUCACACCAUUGGUAAAACCAUGUGCCAGUUUGGCUCAAAUAUCCAUUGUAAUGUGCGUGGAUCUAUAACUUUAUAAUGUAGGUAGGACAGGUGAAUAGUUAUGUGUUUGUAAUGUCUAGAAUUAGAAAGGCAAUAACCACAUAUUCUCUGUUAUCUAUCCGGGUUGUCAACAAGGUUUGUUUUGUUAGUGUACAGUGUGUAAUUCUCCUGCGCUUUUGUGGAGCCUUGCACCUAAGGACAUCCCUGUGCCCUACCGACGUUAAGGAAGCCUUGUAGCAACCCAUGAGGUGACUUGAAAAAAUGGCCACAGAAACUGCAGAAGAGGCAGGCGUGUGGAGACAAACAAAAGCUCUUUUAUUCAAGAACUACCUGGUUAAGUGCAGGACCAAGAAGAGUAGUGUACAGGAAGUCCUAUUUCCACUAUUUUUUUUAUUUUGGCUUAUACUAAUGAGCAUGUUGCAUCCAAAUAGGAAGUUUGAUGAGGUACCCAACACUGAUCUUGGUGCAUUAGAUCGCUCCAUGCUCAGCAACUUGGUUCUUGGCUACACGCCAGUGACAAACAUGACAAGAAAAAUCAUGCAGAAAGUGUCUCUUGAAUACUGUGCGGAUGAUGUAAUUACAGAAGAAUUUUUCAGUGAAGAAGAUCUGCAAGAGGCUAGUACUUUUAAGCCCUCAAACUUUGUUGGGGUAGUUUUCAAAGAUUCCAUGUCCUACCAGCUUAGAUUCUUUCCUGAUACUGUCUCAGUGUCUUCUGUCAAUGUAGAAUCAAGAGCCAGUUGUUCCAGUUUAUCAAAGGAAUGUGAAUCUGUUAGAUACUGGCACUCAGGAUUUGCAGCCCUUCAAGCUUGUAUCGAUGCCGCAAUUAUACAGCUGAAGACUAAUCGUUCAGUCUGGGAAGAACUGGAAUCAACGAAAGCUGUUGUUAUGGGAGAGGCUGCUGACUUGCAAAUAGAUUAUUUUCCUCGAGCAACUAUUUUAAUUUACCUAGUAAUAGCUUUCUCACCCUUUGGGUAUUAUUUGGCAAUACAUAUUGUAGCAGAAAAGGAGAAGAGGUUGAAGGAAUUUUUAAAGAUAAUGGGGCUUCAUGACACCGCCUUUUGGCUGUCCUGGGUUCUGCUGUACACAACUCUGAUUUUUGUCAUGUCCAUUCUCAUGGCGGUCAUUGGAACAGCCUCCUCUCUGUUUCCCCAAAGUAGCCCUCUGGUGAUAUUUUUUCUUUUUUUCCUGUAUGGAAUCUCCUCAGUUUUCUUUGCUUUUAUGCUGACUCCUCUGUUUAAAAAAUCAAAGCAUGUGGGCAUAGUUGAAUUUUUGGCAACACUGGCGUUUGGUUUUGUGGGUCUUGCUAUUAUCCUGUUAGAGGAUUUUCCGAAGUCUUUUGUAUGGAUUCUAAGCCCCUUUUGUCAUUGUACUUUCUUGAUUGGGGUUGCACAGGUCAUGUACCUGGAAGAUUAUGAAGAUGGGGCAAUAUUUUCAAACUUAUAUCGUGGUCCUUAUCCACUAUUUAUUUGUCUGAUUUUACUGGUUCUGGAUAGCGUGUUUUACCUAUUGCUAGCUGUCUAUCUUGAUCAGGUCAUUCCAGGUGAGUUUGGAUUACGACGGACAUCAUUUUUCUUUAUGAAGCCCUCCUUCUGGUCAAAGCGCAGAAGAAAUUACAGAGAGUUGUAUGAGAGUAGUGUUAAUGGAAGCCUGCGUUUCAGUGAGAUAGUCGAACCUGUACCUUCAGAAUUUCAGGGAAAAGAAGCGAUCAGAAUCAGCUGUGUUCAGAAAACGUUCAGGAAAAAGGGUGAAACUGUGGAGGCUCUCAGAAGUUUGUCCUUUGACAUAUAUGAGGGCCAGAUUACGGCUUUACUUGGGCAUAGCGGAACUGGCAAGACAACACUGAUGAAUAUUCUUUGUGGACUCUGCCCACCUUCUGAUGGGUUUGCAUCUGUCUACGGACACAGAAUCUCUGAAAUUGAUGAAAUGCUCGAUGUAAGAAAGAUGACUGGGGUUUGCCCACAAUCAGAUAUACAUUUUGAUGUAUUGACCGUGGAAGAGAAUUUAUCAAUAUUUGCUCAGAUUAAAGGGAUCUCUCCCAAUUUUGUGAUACAUGAGGUGCAGAAAGUGAUGAAUGAUUUGGAUAUACAGCCCAUCCGAGAUAACCAAGCUAAAAAAUUAAGUGGAGGGCAGAAGAGAAAGCUGUCGAUAGGAAUUGCUGUUCUUGGGAGCCCAAAGGUUUUACUCUUGGAUGAACCAACUGCUGGUAUGGACCCAUGUUCUCGGCACAUUGUUUGGAAUCUCCUGAAAAACAGAAAAGCCAAUCGGGUAACGGUCUUUAGUACUCAUUUCAUGGAUGAGGCAGAUAUUCUUGCUGAUCGAAAAGCUGUGAUUUCUCAAGGGAUGCUGAAAUGUGUUGGCUCCUCUCUCUUCCUCAAAACCAAAUGGGGAAUUGGCUACCGCUUGAGUAUGCAUAUAGAUGGGUAUUGCAAUAUAGAAACGACAACAGCCUUGAUCAGACAACAUAUCCCCGAUGCCAGCUUGGUGCAACAGAAUGAACUGCAGCUUGUGUAUACUUUACCUUUUAAAGACAUGGACAAGUUUCCAGGAUUAUUUUCUGAUCUAGACACUCAUUCACAUUUGGGUGUUAUUACUUACGGAGUUUCCAUGACAACCUUGGAGGAUGUGUUCCUGAAACUGGAAAUAGAAGCAGAAAUUGAUCAAGCAGAUUAUAACGUCUUUAAUUCCCAGACAACAGCUGAGGAAGUGGAUACAAAAUCGCUCGAUGAGAUGGAACAAAGCUUACUGACGCUCUCUGAGACAAAAUCAUCUUUGGUGAGCACUUCCGCUCUCUGGAAACAGCAGGUGUCUACUAUCGCAAAGCUUCACUUCCUUAAUUUAAGACGUGAAAUGAAGUCAGUGAGAGUUAUGUUGUUGCUUUUUUUAGUUUUUCUUGUAGUUCAGAUUUUUAUGUUUCUGAUACAUCACUACUACAAAAAUUCCGUGGUUCCGAUCAAAUUUUCCCCAGAUUUGUACUUGCUGAAGCCCGGAGAAAAAUAUCACAAGUACAAAACAAGUCUCCUUCUUCACAACUCCACAGGCUCAGAUAUUGAUUAUCUCAUCAGUGCUCUCAGAAGCCAGAAGAUACUGACUGAGAUGUUCAACGACAGUGAUUAUGUGGCAGCUGCACCCCACAGUGCAGCAUUAAACGUGUCCCGUUCAGAAAAGAAUUACAUGUUUACAGCCAUAUUCAACAGUACUAUGGUGCACUCGCUGCCUGUUUUGAUGAACAUCAUUAGCAACCUCUUUCUCCACAACUUAAAUGUGACUGAGAAUAUUCAAACCUGGAGUAACCCAUUCAUUCAAGACAUUGCUGACACCAUUUUCCAAUAUGAGUUCUUUUUUGCAACAAUGCUGCAAAACCACAAGAUCAGAGCCUACACUCAACUUAAGAUCUCAGGUCUUUAUCCAUCAGCUUACUGGAGUGGACAAGCAGUUGUUGACUUUCCUUUAUUUUUUAUUAUUCUCGUUCUGAUGAUAGGAAGCUUAUUUGCAUUUCAUCACGGUGUUUAUUUUGAUACCUGGAAGUUCCUUGCGGCGCUCUUCUGCCUCAUUGGCUAUGUACCAUCGGUGGUGCUGUUCACCUAUGUGGUCUCUUUUACCUUUAAAAAAUUUCACAAUACCAAAGAAUUUUGGUCAUUUAUUUUUUCAGUGAUUACUUUGGUAUCUACUGUUGUCACUGAAAUAGUAUUCUUUAUGAGACAUUUUAUGGCAAUUACCAUUCUUCAUUAUGUCUUCUGUGCCUUCAUCCCAAUCUAUCCUCUUAUUGGAUGCCUGAUUAGUUUUAUAAAGAUAUCGUGGAAAGACCUCCAGAAGAAUGAAAACCACUAUGAUCCGUGGGACAGGCUCUUGGUAGCCGUGAUGGCGCCUUAUUUGCAAUGUGUAGUGUGGCUGUUCCUUCUGCGAUAUCUUGAACUGAAACAUGGAGGUAAAUCGAUAAGAAAGGACCCAUUUUUCAGAACAACUACUGCUACUACAAAGAUCAAACCAUGGAAACUUCGAGAUGAUCUACAUAAUGAAAAUGAGGAUGAAGAUGUAAAGGCAGAGAGAUUGUGGGUCAAAGAAAUGACAACCUGCCAGAGCUGUGAUGAGAAACCAGCCAUUCUGAUCAGCAGUCUGCAUAAAGAAUAUGAUGAAAGGAAAGAUAUUCUUCCUGGGAGAAAAAUAAAGAAAGUGGCUACUAAGCAUGUUUCUUUUUGUGUAAAGAAAGGAGAAAUACUUGGACUGUUAGGACCAAACGGAGCUGGGAAAAGUACACUGAUUAGCAUGCUGGUAGGAGAUGUGGAACCAACUGAUGGCCAGGUUCUGAUGGGAGACACUUCUUUAGGAUGGACUAGUGAGGAUAACUCCGUUAAAUUUAUGGGAUAUUGCCCCCAAAUAAAUCCACUUUGGCCAGAUAUUACAUUGCAGGAGCAUUUUGAAAUAUAUGGCUCUAUCAAAGGAAUGACUAAAGCUGAUGUGGCAGAAGUCGUAAAAUGUGUUGCAAGAGCCCUUGAAUUGAAUGACCAUCUACAGAAAACAACAAAGAAAUUAGCAGUCGGAAUUAAACGCAAGUUAUGUUUUGCGCUAAGUAUGCUGGGUAAUCCGCAGAUUACAUUGCUAGAUGAACCAUCUACUGGCAUGGAUCCUAAAGCCAAACAACACAUAUGGAGGGCAAUUCGAGCGGCAUUUAAAAGCAAAGAGAGAGCUGCUAUUCUCACCACUCACUAUAUGGAAGAAGCCGAAGCUGUGUGUGAUCGAGUUGCAAUCCUGGUCUCUGGACAGUUAAGGUGUAUUGGUUCAGUUCAGCAUCUAAAGAGCAAAUAUGGCAAAGGCUACUUCUUGGAAAUGAAAUUAAACGAAACAGCGGGCCUACAACAGGUGGAGUUUCUUCACAAGCAGAUUUUACACAUCUUCCCCAAUGCAAGUCACCAGGAAAGUUUUGCCUCCAUUUUGGCCUAUAAAAUUCCUAAGGAAGAUGUACAAUCUCUCUCUCAUUCUUUUUCCAAGCUGGAAGAAGCAAAACAUGCCUUUAAUAUCGAGGAAUACAACUUUUCUCAAGCAACCUUGGAACAGGUUUUUGUGGAGCUCGUUAAAGAGCAAGAAGAGGAAGAUAACAAUUUUGGAACCCUAAACAGCACACUUUGGUGGGAAAGAACCCAGGAAGAUAGAGUCAUUUUCUGAGCUCUUUAAAUACCACAGGAUGCAGUAGUUGGACACGGCAGCUCACUUUUGUUUGACUCCUUUUUUCCCUUGUACUGUGUGCUGAGCACUAAGAAAGCAGUUGAGAUUGAUAAAAGUACCUGCCUUGAAAAACACAAAUAUCUGGAAACGUUGAGCAUGGUUCUCCUUCCUGGCUUUAUCUAUCAAUAUUAUGCAAGCGUGGGGAGUGUCUUUAUUUGUGAAGAUUCUCAUCACUAGCAUAUAAUUUGUCUGGUUUUGAAAAUUUCGGGUCCAUUUGCCUUAGUAGGUCUUGUUUUGAAGUGAUCAUGGUAAAUGGCAAGUUAGUUUCUUUAUGAUUUCCUGUUUAUUUCCACCACCCAUGCUCUAUGCUUCUAGAACAGUAAAGGGCGAUCGUGGCUAGUGGAGGGGCCACAUGAGUGGCCCUCCUUCAUCUCAGUGGGCCACAAGAUUGUCAUAACCAAGAUGGUCUCCCAGGAUAGAGGAGUUUUGCUCAUUGUGCUUGUGUACCUAGAAUGUGUGGGGCAUGCUGACUGAAGCGAAGCAGCAUUUUCAUUGGAUGCAGAGGGCGCGCACGGCUCCGACGAUGUUGCAUGCGAUCAGCACGCGCCUCGCUUCCCAUGUCCUCGCUUGUGCGUGCCACUUCAGUAAUACCGGUAGGAAAAAUUCUACACAGACAAAAACCGGCAGAAUCUGGCAACCCUGCACAUGGACGAUGGUAAAUAAAAUGUCUCGUGGGCCCCACGUAGAACCUCGGCAGGUGGCCCACCACUGCUCCAAAAACACCAACCUGGAGCUUGUUCAGCUAGUCGGGAUGCGUGUCAGUGCAAGAUCGAGUUUUUUCCUUGAUUCUCUUCCAAAAGGUUGCUUCCACCAAAGGCAGGGAUCCACAGAACCAGGGCAGCAGCACUAGACAAGAGUCAGGGACUUGUCUGAGGUGAAGUAAACAUGUACAUAGAAAGUGGCUGUUUUAAAGAGGGUCAGUUUUGAGCUUUCACCGUUUACAAGGGUAAGCUUUAUCGUCACCUCUCUGCAUUAAAUUCCACGUCGACGACAUUGCUACCCAGACGCCUCACGUAACUGCCUGAUUCCAGGAUUCAUCACUGACUAUGGCGCUGAUUAAUUCAGCCUAAAUUGUUUAGAUGAUACCAAAUACCAAUAUCUAUAAUUCAGAUAACUUGUAUGAGGGAUGUGAAUGAGUAACCGGGUAACCGGUAAGCAUCACUCAGUAGAGGGAUGCUGUGCUCAGAUGUACCUUAACAGGUGAUGCUUACUAGGUAAUGGUUAAUUGGUACCCAGGAGCAGCACCUGCCCCAUGGCCUGCUGUGGGUAGAGGCUUGCUCCAGUUCUACUAGCCCCUGCAUGGGACUGCCAGCUCCCAGCCCUUGUGGAGGAUGGGACCUGGAGUUGGCAGCCCCGCUUAGGGGGCUAAGAGUAGCCAGACUGGAGCUGUCCCUGCCUGCGGGGGAAGGAAGGAGGGAGUCUGCCCCAGCCCACCUAGAUUUAACCCACAUUACUUUUAACCAGUUAAUCAGUUACAUGGGAUUGGACAUCCCUAACUUGUAUGUUGGCCUGAAAUUCCCCUUGAAUCCUGCUGAUCAAAAUGCUAAUGCUCCUGCUUGGUACAUAUGUUUCAAGUUAACUCUCCUGCCUGCAUUAUGGAUCCUGCUCUGUCACCUCAGUCCUUGAGUUUAUUUAUUAUAUCUCGGUUUUAAAUUCCUCCUUGUGCUAUAUGUGGGUUUUAGUAUCCAUGUGACCAUACUUGUUAGACUCUUCUUAUCAUAACAUCCCUCCCGCCUUAUGCUGCUUCAGAAUGUAUAACUUGUGUGUUUUAACCGAUCCCUGUUUUUUCCCUUGUUUCUGCCGUUUUCUGGGCUACCACCUCCCCAACUGAUCACUAAGCAUGAGAUCUAUAGUAUAGUGAUGAGGGACACAGCUGUCACUUAACAAACUUGUUUAGAAGAGUCCAGAGCCCCUUUUGCUUGAGUAAAAGUCACAGGGGUGGCGGGGAAGGAAAUUCGCCGUUCAUCACUAAAUAGGGCCCUAAAUUAUGUAAUUAACUUAGCUGGGUAUCCACGCAACUUAAAAAUGUUUACAUGUUAGUAUAAUAUGGUAUGUGGUGAACCGUUACACACCUUUUUCAUGCAAGUUGGCAGGUGUAACUAAUCAAGUUACCUUUGCAAGUUGCAUCAAUGUAUAAUGCAUGUACUUGUAAGUUUAAAUGUGGUUUGCAAAGGCAGAUAGGUUCCUUUCAUUCUAUAUUUGUAAAAGCAUGAACACCAAAUGAGCAUAUCUUUAUGUAACUUACAUAAAUGUGAGCAUUUCUAGUUACGUUCUUUGUUAAAAAAAUAUUGUUUUGUUGAUCACAUGUUCUAACACAGUGUUUAAAAGGCAGUUGUUAGGUGCGUUCUUUUUUGUGAGAGACUGAAUUAGCAGGCAUAUGCACCAAUACUUUCUUAUCUAUUUUAUAGCGAGAGUAACGAGGCAAUACAAUAUCAUGACAGUGCAUUCUUAUUUAGAUCAUGCUCAUUUUCUCUCACCAUAAACCAAAAAGAGUAAGCUCCAAAUACAGGUAUUGUCUUGUUAUAAAAAAUGCUUUUGUUUAUCUGUCAAAAUUGCCUCUGUAAAAGUAAUGGUAAGAAAGCCCAUGUGUGGGUUUACAUCCUCCGAUCUGAGGGUAAAUAUUUAUCCUAUUUUGUAGUUUCAAAGAAAAAAAAAUCUCUGAUUUAAAAAUGGAAAGAAUCAAUUUAAUCUAAUUAUCUAUUUGAUCUGAGCUUUUUAAGACCUACAUUCCAGUGGUUGAUCAGUUUAUUGCAUUGUAGAAUGUAUUAAUUGAAAUGCAAUUUGCAAAUAUUGUGUAUAUCUGAAGACACUUGAUACAUGAGACAUAUACCGGUUAUAUAUGUUUACUUUAAGAUUAGAAAAUUCCUAUCUUCUUCCUUUCAGAAAUGUUCAAAAUGCAGAAAACUAUGCCAGAAAGCAAAGAUUUAUGCUCCCAAACUUUGUGAACCAUUGGGCAAUAAUUAAUGCAAAAUUGAGUGAUGGUUGAAUUACAUAGGUGUAGGCUUCCAUUUAUCUCCAUGCAAGUCUCACAGUUUCCCUAGUGGGCUCAGGAACGAACCGUAUAUGAAUACAGUUUUUGCUUCUUUCUCUGUACAUCUAGGAUUGCAUGGAAUUAUGUGGAUCUUGUUUCCUUACAUACUGCACUUAAGCCUGUGCAUCAACUUACACCUAGACAUCUUGCAUGGGGCUACAGUCCCUAUGCUCAGUGGGAAUGAAGAGGGUACAUUACAUUUCAGGAGCUUGUAUACAGUCAAUCUGGUCACUUUAAUUAGCCAUGGAUAGUGAAGGUAAUGUAACUCAGUUUUGUGUUGAAAUAGAAUGAUUAUCUGCUGAAUUCUUUUAAGGCACUGCCUGGGCCAAAUUCUGCUCUGUUACACUGAUGCAAUUCGUUUGCGAUUGUUUAAUGUAUUUAAUGUUUAUAUCGCAGUAGCAUCUAGGGACUGAUGCCCUAACGUGCCGGGUGCUGUACAAAUGUCAACUAAAUGAAAAUUCCUUCCCUUAAAGUUUACUACUGACCUAAAUCAAUUGAUUGAAUUGCAGUGACAGAGUAGAAGUUUGUUCAAUUUAAUAAUAGUUUCUCUGUAUUUAUAACAAAGAUGAGGCAGAUAAUAAUAGUUACCUAAAGCUUAUGUGAAUGUGCUAAUUAUUCCAUUUAUCCAACAGAUUUGUUUUACUCUGGUACUUUCUUUAUGGGGAUAUUUCCUCUGAUUACAUAUCUACUGAACUCACCUUCCAUUGCUUACACUCAUAAGGCAUGAUCCAAAACCCAUUAAGUCGAUAUAGCAGGAGCCUUUCCAUUGACUGCAGUAGGCCUAAGAUCAGGAUCAUGCCCCUUGUAUUGCAUUGUCUGUGAGGGAAUAAUAACCCACACUACACAUUCAUUAUGUGAAUAAAAAGUAAUGUGUAUGCCUUAUAUUUUGCCAACACACUAAUAAUUUGUUUUGCUUUUGAUCAUCUGACAGUUAAACACUUAUAUAGACUCACUUUACUUUUCUAUAAUCAUUUGUUAGUGUUUGCAGUCUUAUUUGGUUAUUAUGCAAAAUCUGAAUCCUUGUUUCAUUUAUUUCACAUUCAGAUAGUGUGAACGCUCACACACUGGCAUAUUCAAUGUGUAUGCGUUGCUAGUAGCAGACAUCAUAGCUUCAGAAAAACACAGUUGGCCAAAAGGUUUGAAAAACUUAAACAUAACAUUGAAUUUUUUCUCUCUCAAAAGGCUCAUAGAGAAUAGAGAAUAGGAAGAUCAUCUAGCCUCCUGCCUUUGGGGCAAGUUGAACCUUUGUCUUACUCCAGAAUCAAAUCCAUUCCAGAUUUGACAGUUUAAAUUUGUUUAUCCAUCUUGAUAAACUUAUACGUGCCCUUCAGCUCAUAGAGUUUAACAAUAUUAUUCUUCAUGUUGAGGUGCUCCAAACUGUAGAGUACACCCUCUGGUCUUAUUUUGCCCAAUCUCUAAACUCAUGUCAUUUUGGUCACUUCUGCUUUCCACUGUGUUCAGAAUGACUCCAACACGGUGUAAUCUGUUUUAUCAGUGUACAGUUUGCUCUUUCCUCUGAUGUAUGAAAAUACUGUGUUUGCUAGGUUCUGAUAAUCUGUAAUACUUGAAGCCUCUUUGCAGUUUGAUUCUCUAUCACGUAUAAUUCCUUUGUAGCUACAGCCACAGAGUUUUGCAUUCUUUCAUAAUCGUCAGGUAACAUUGUUUCGACUUUUCUAAUACAGGUUGAACCUCUCUAGUCUGGCACUUGACUGGUGUAUAGCCAGAGAAUUUGCCGAACUACAGGAAGUCAAUAUUAUCUAGCAGCGUUUUCAACACUUCCACUGCUUACUGGACUCUUAGAAAACAUUUAGAGGUAAAGUAGAGCUAACUAACAGCACAGAACACUGUGAGCCAGGACCGGUGGCUGUGAACAAACUUUGUGGGACUGGGAAAGUUGGCCACGCCCAUGAUAAGUGGACAUAUGGCUCACUAACAUCAUGCCGGACCACAAAUGUUGCCAGACCAGAGAGUGCUGGACAAGAGAGGUUCAACCUGUACGGUUUGAUUUUCUGAUAAGUUUGUAAUGAACUUUUCUAAUGAUCCAUAUCAAAGACUUCAUUAAAAUCUAGAAGUAAUAUACCCAGAAGUAUUCUAAUCUACACUGCAGUGACCCCAUUGAUGGUUACUCUUGAAUUCAGAGAGAUGUAAGUCAGAGCAUAAUUUGCCCCAUUGAGUCCACUACAUAUUUAGUGUCUAAUAGAUCCCAAAACAGAUAAUUAUGUGGAAGUUCAAAUAUAUUGGAAGUACAAUGAAAGACAAUUAAUAACAGCUUAAAGUUUUAGCACUGAAAUAUUACAUUUGUGCUCUGUGGCUUUUCUUGGUAUUUAGGUAUAAAUAAUCAACUGAACUCAAACUAUAUGUUAGAGAGAGGUAAUACACAUCCUGGGAAGUGACAAUGGAACCGGAUGUCAGGUAGUUGUGGGUUCCAGGUCUGGCACUGAUUAACACUGUGUGAAGUUGGGCAAGUAACUUAAUUCCCCUCUCUGUGACACGGGUCUAAUAAUACUUAUCUACCUCACAGAGAUGAUGUGAGGAUCAAUUAGUUAAAAGUGUAUACAAAACUUUUGAAGAUAAAAAUGCUGUAGCAGUAUUAUAAGGAUGUAUUUUUGUAUUGGAGUUCUAAUAAUUCAAAUUUUGUUCACGUUACCAUGAGAAAUCCCUAUUUAAAAUAUAUUGUACAGUUGCAGUUUUACAUGAGGUGUAUAAUAUUCUUUAGAAGCAAGAAUAUAAGAUUAUUUUUAUUUAAACAUUGUUGGCAUUCUGUUAAUGCACAUCCUGAGAUCAGUCAUCUGCUUUCUUGGGCAUUUCUGUUGUCUAAUUUUGUAUGUAUGUUUAUUUUUCUUUUAGCACGUAGCUAUUUUUUUUCCCAAAAGAAAGAUGCGGUUGAAAUAAAGAUGGAUUGCUGAUGCUCACA